CACGUUGAUCGUGAUUCAUUGCAGCUUGUAGCGUGUAUCGAAAAGGGCCAAAUACACCCCUGUGGUGUUUGAAGGGCGCCAUUCUUAAUUCAAGCACGUUGUAAUGACGCAAAAGGGCGUCGCUGAGGCCCUUACUGGCGUGAAGGCGGGCAGGAAUGUCUCGCGCGAUACAUCUCCAACGAGAUUCUGCCCAUGACACCAACCACGGAACACGGCCCGAGCGGGGGCAUCUUGAAUACAAGGGUAUGAGAAAACAGAUAUAACAACAGCUGAGAAACUCAGAUGUACAUGGUCUUUUUCCAGGCUAACUUCUUCGAACACUUCCUUCCACACAGCAGAAUACGCAAAUAACAAUGUACAGAGCUACUUUAGCAGACCUACUAUUGACAGCGGCCUGCUUCGUCCCGCCAACCUUUCAAGCUGUUAUCCCACGGUCGACCAUGAGAAUAGUGUACCAGUUCCCCAACAAAGGCACUUGGAUCGAAAACGUCGCAACACGAUCAAAUGGCGAUCUUUUAGUCACUUUGCUCUCUGCCCCAGAAUUACAUUCCAUCUCGCCACUAAGCAACGACCCCACGCAAACACUGAUACAUUCUUUCGCCGGGACUCCUGGCAUCACGAGUCUCCUUGGGAUAACAGAGCUGGAGGACGACGUCUUUGCAUUUGUGGCAGGGAACGCGACGCAACCGGGGUCAUGGAGUAUAUGGCAAGCGGAUCUACGGAGAAGUGGUCAUAAACACGGGAAAGCAUCGGUAUCAAAGAUUGCAGACGUACCCACGGGAAACUUAUUGAACGGCAUGACGAAGCUGAAGGAGCGCACUGUGCUUAUCGCGGAUUCAAUGGCAGGUAACGUUAUAAAACUGGAUACUGGAACCGGAAAAAGCGAAGUCAUCCUUGACGAUGUCACAAUGAAACCAACCGCAAUCCCGCGCUUUAUCUCCGGAAUCAACGGCAUCAAGCUAUUAGGUGAUCACUUUUAUUACACCAAUUCCUUCACUGGAAAGCUACACCGCAUUCGCAUCGAUCUCGAGAGUGGGAAGGCCAUUGGCGCAGCCGAGACCGUUGCUUCCGAUUUGGUUGACAACGAUGACUUCGCUAUACUGGAGAACGGCACUGCAUUUGUCGUGCGGGACAAUUACAAUGUUGUUGAGAGGGUGGAGCCGGAUGGAACCCAUAAGAUCUUUGCUGGAAGCAUUGACAGUAGCGGAAUGGCUGGCCCAACCGCUGCGACGAUUGGUAGGACGGCCAGAGACAGGAACGUCUUAUAUGUUGUAACCAACGGUGGUAUGAGAGCUCCCGUCGGAGGAGAGGUUGUUCCAGGUCGUGUUGUGGCUAUCAGUUAUGAAUGAACGACAAUAUCGAUACCAAACAUAAAUAAUAGAGGCCAAGUGUGUCCCUUGAUUUGCAAGUCUGUCGAAGAACAGAAUGGAAG